GCGYAGUAACGUAAAGUAGUGACUUGAAAAGCGGGCAAGUUCAAGAUGGACAGGGGUUCAAAAUUGUAGUAUUUUUUGAGGGUAAACCAUUCCGGUCCCCUUUGAGUCAUCSUUCUUCAUGGGCUAUGGAAACGGACAAUUUAUCCGUCCAUUCCACAGCCAAAAAGAAAGAAAAGAGUGGAGAUCAACAACAACAACGCACCAUUCGCUUUGCACUUGAACUGAAGGAAAGCAAUGAUAAAUAUUUUCCCGAGUUCUCGUUCAAAGAGCUGCUUCGUUCUGCUUUGGUCGGAGAAGAAAAGGAUAAGCUUAARGAUUUGCCAGUGGACGAUGAUGGAGAGAACGAGAAACUGCAAGCUCUUGCCAAGAAAUUCGAAGAAAAAUAUGGACCAAAACAAAAACAUAAAAAGAAACGAAAGGAGAGAAUUCAGGAUCUAAUAGAUGUGACGUAUGGUUAUGAUGAAACUGAUCCAUUUGUUGAUAACAGCGAAGCUUAUGAUGAGUUGAUUCCAUCUGAUUGGACGACUGAACAUGGAGGUUUUUAUAUCAACCAGGGUGGACUGAACUUUAAACCAAUAUCAGAUGAUGAAAGUGAUAGUGAAGAUUUUAAAGGAGUUAAAAAGAGGAAGACACCGAAGAAAUUAAAAGAUCCGAAUAAAGUUAAAAAAGUCAGAGAAGGUGGAGAAAAGAAGAGAAAACAUUCAACACCAUCUGAUAAGGAAAAGAAACCAAGAAAAAUAAGACUAAUAAGUGGAGACAAGGAGAAGAAGCACAGGAAAAAGCUWAACUCAACCAGCGCACCAAAUGCUUCAUCUGUCCUCAUGAAAAUAAUCUCAACUACRUCAUCAACAGCCUCAAUAACUCAAACAGCUUCACCUGGUUCUAUUAGUUCUUUAGCAUCAUCUGUAACAAACAACAUUACCCCRGCGAUGUCUACAGAAGGAUCCCCACAAGAUAAAGUCAAYAUCAAAUCAGAGACUGAUGAUAGUCUUGCCAAGUUGAUGGAUCGUACAGASAACUCUCUCUUGUCUCAGGAUGGYAUWAGUGGCUCAUCAGCCAUCAAUCAAAAYGGAUUGACACUUGAUAAAGAUGGUGGRACRACAUUUGUACCUCAGCURCCAAGUCAGCUUCCUUUGUCAGUGGAAGCAUGUGUUCAGAAGUUAAAGUUAGCYGCAAAUAAUGCWGCAGAUGAGGGUAAAUGCAAGUUCUUUAACAAAGAUGUCAACCAGUUGCUAUUGGAGAAGAAACUGUCUGCAACACCAAAAGAAGACAAAAAUACGCCAGCAGCAGCAGCAGCAACAACAACAGCAUCUAACGCUACAACAACAACUCCGACUACAGUUACGACAACCAUUGCAAAGACAAGUGUGAUACCUAAAGUGGAGCAAAUUAUUACAUCUACUACUCCAUUGACAGCAAGUACUUUAAAAACAAUUCCUAAGCUAAAUCCAGGUGCYUUGUCUAUGCUUAAGGCUAAAAUAUUUCAAGUGAACAAUCCUGGAGGUUUAGGGAAAACUAACUUAGUGACACAGAUAGGAAACAAGCCUGUGUCAGCUUUGAUACUAGCUACAAAAACUCCUACAAGUCCUAGUGCUAAUAGUAGCUCUUCRUUACCYCUUAAGUCACCAACAUCAAUAACCACAACCAAACCAACUCUGACAGCUAUAAAAACUGAAACAACAGCAAGCACAAAACCUCUAGUUACUAUGGCAACUACUUCAACAAUAUCCAUGGUAACCAGUGCUCCUAAACCAGUUGAUAUAAAUACAGUUUCAUCAGUGGAGAGUAGAGGUGCAGUCACCAAAGUGGAGAGUACUGUUGAUAAAAGACCCGGGCACAUGAGUGGUUUGUUGACAAGCAGUAUUUCACAACAACAACAGCAACAGCAACAGCAACAACUCCAACACCACCAACAGCAAGCCCAACAAAAACAGCAGUACCUUCACCAAGCUCAGCAACACCAUCACCAACAAUUCCAGCAACAGCAGCAGAAACAACAGUGGCAACAACAACAACAACAACAACAACAACAACAGCAGCAGCAGCACCAACAACAACAUCACCAACAUCAUCAACAACAACAGGCACCACCACCCCAACAACAACAGCAACACCAAAAUCAACAUGAACAAGAACAUCCACAGCAAAUAAAAAGUCCUGUKAACUCUCUUGGUCAACUAAGUAGUACUUCACCACAUUUCCACCAACAAACUAUGCAAAAUACUGGCAUGAAAUCGUCAUAUCAUCAGUCAGCGGUCACAUCGUCAGUAAAAACACCUCCYACACAACCCAUGAAUCCAGUCAUCAAGAAUCAACCAGUAACAAUUUUGGAUUUUGCUGAUAUGAUGUCAAAUGAGUCRUCUGACGAUCCUCAGGAGAUGCUGAACAACCAAAUAGCACAACCAACAAGAUAUGCUGAUAAAUCACCAUCRCCACAGAAACCAAAAGAACCAUCUUUACCACCUAAAGGAAGYACCAAUGUGAUGUCACCACAACGACAGCAAACAAACACUGUUUACACRUCGCCACCAAACAUAAUGAGAUCACCAAGUCAAAUGACGCAGGCAAGAAACAAUAUGCAGCAGUCAAAUGCUGCUUUAGCUAACAUGUUGUUAGGAAUGGGAUCAACAAGUAUGCAAAACAAGUUCAUUGAUUUAAAUGCAGCAUCCAUGAUGGCUCAACAACGACAACAAGCUGCCAACACCAAMACYAUAUUGGAUUCAAUUACUUCACCUUCUAGAAUGAAUAUGGAUAUCCAUUCAUCAUCGGUACCACUAUCACAUCCAAUGAUCUCACCUCAACUUACCAACCCGACACCAUCYGUCAGCUCAUUCAUGCCAAACAGCCUACAGCAACCAACACUGUCAAUGUUAGGUCACACUAAUCUUCCUGUCAAAAAUACAAACCCAUUGAGUCACCUUGGAAUGGUCGCUGACCCUGUAUCAUCGUCAUUGAUGCAUAUCAACAGACCGAUGCAACAGCAACAGGUUCAACAGAGUGGCAUGGUAAUGCCRCCAAAUCCUUUCAAUCAAGUCCUUGUAGGGUAUAAUAUUCCCAGUAGCCAGGCAAAUACAACUCUACAGAUGUCACAAUCAUCACUGAUGAGCAAUCAAAAUAUUUUUCAAGAUCCUAACCAUAAUCCAUCUGCCGCGCAUCCACCGUYGCCCUUCAUGCCUAGGUUUUCUUGACAUUCUAGCUUCUUGUAUACUAAUUUGUACAUUCUAAUAUUUGAAUACAGUUUGAUCUGGUGCUAAACUCAUGCAUACAUUAUACAAAAAUAUCAAUAAUUUGAAGCAAUUUCAUUGAUAUAAAGAUGUAGAACAAAUGAGUUUUUUUGGGGUAAACAAAUAGCACAAAUAUUUUGAUGUGUUUGACUGACCAAUCCAAUUGAAGUAUUUUUUCAAAACUUUACAGAAAACUGAUUUUUGUCCUCAUUGGAGUUUCAAUAUGAUUUGCAUGUACAAUUUAUUGGUAUGUUUGAGGUGGGUUUGAAUAAGAUAAAACAAAUUCCUACACAUACAGUACUCUAUUUGUACAGAAUUAUUCGGGGUUACUUAACCAUUAAUAUUAUUUUGAUUUCAGUUUUGAAAUGAAAUUAUGUAAUUUAUUCAUUUAGAAUAARUCAUCUCUUUUAUUCCCUUAAUUUAGCCAAAUCAAUAUAAAAUUUAGUAGUUAGUUGUCUGGUAUUUGUGGUGGCCAGUGUUUUUCAAUUGAUUAUUUAAUAUUAUGAGUAUGCGAUGUAUUUUACUACUUGCUUAAGAUGAUAAUAUCUAGUUUAUGUAAACAAGAGUGACCAUUAAUAUAAUUACUGCAUUAUUUUCUGUGUAUUUCCUUACUUUUGCUUCCAUUGUUAUGCAAGCAAUCACGACAAAAGUCACAAUGGCAACUAUUGUCAAUGUCAUACUGCAAGGCGGGUUAAAAAAUGCCUCAAUAGKUUUCGUCAAAGGCUAUCUAUUCCAGUUACAUCUGUCUAGUCUGGUUGCAUAAUAAUGUUUAAGACAGUAAUUUGGUAAUAUAUACAAUCUAUUGCUSAAAUUUCUUUAAUUCAGUUCAUUAYCGRCAGUAAAAAUAUUGUAGUAGAUGCACUUAAUCUGUGAAGCAAAUAGUACUAAUUACUUACUGAAAAUAGUAUGGAUUAGACCAUAGAAAACAAAGGAAUUAGCAUAAUUUCAUAUUAUUUUGUUCUGUUUAAGUUUCACUGAUUACAUGCAUUAGCUCUACUUAGAACACCUUUGUAAUUCCUUGCAGUUGAACAUGUACUUUUAGACUUGCACAAAUAUGAACCUUUGCAUUUUAACAGUUAUCUACAAUAUUGUACAGCCUUUUGCAAAAAUUAUGAGAAUUGCUGAAAUAUCUAAAUAUCAUAAUAUCAAGUGCAUGAUCCCGCGCGAUGCCCUUAGUCUCUUGUCUUUGUU